AAUGAACAUGAACAUAUCAGAUCUAGCAUUAUUCCGAGACGGAAAAUAAUAUCUUUUCCAAAAGAGCAUACUAAGGGUGUGAAUUCUUUAUUAUGGUGUGGUUCUUUUGGACAAGUAUUGGCAUCUGCAUCUAUGGAUUGUACAGUCAGAAUUUGGGAUGUUUUUUUAGAACAAAGAAGAGCUGUGAAGGAUAUUCAAUGGAAUAAUAACUUUAAUAAUAUACUUUCUGGUGGAUAUGAUAAAACUGCAAAGAUAUUUGAUAUUGAAACUGGAGUCACUAUACAGACGUUUCCUCAUCCACAAGUUGUUACUGCCCUUCGCUAUCACCCUACACAACCAAAUAUUUUCGUAUCAGGAAUGUUACAAGAUGGAAUACGAUCAUGGGAUUUGCGUACAAAUAAAGUCAUAAAGGAAUCUAGAAAAUUUUUUGGUAGUGUUAAUGACAUUGAAUUUUUCCCUAAUGGGGAUAACAUUCUUACUUGUUCCGAUUACGUGGUCAGAAACGCGUCUGAUAAAAAUAUUAUGGUUUGGGAAAUUGACUCUAUGACGGCAAUAUCUAAUCAAAUUUAUCAAGAAGCAUUUUCUUGUACUGCACUUCGAUUCCAUCCGUUUCAUAAGCACUUUGUUGCACAAUCAAAUGGAAAUUAUAUUGCCAUUUUUGGUGGUGAAAAGCCAUGGAAAUUAGAUAAGAGGAAGCGCUUUGAAGGCCAUCUUGUGAACGGUUAUCCUAUCCGUUGUAACUUUUCACCAGAACCUGAGCAAGGUAGAUUUUUGGCUUCAGGAGAUGCAAAUGGUGGCAUAUUCUUUUAUGAGUGGUCAUCAUCGAAAGUUGUAAAAGUAAUAGAAGGUGCACAUCUGGGAGCCUGUACUGAUGUAUGUUGGCAUCCUUUGUUGAAUGGAAUUAUUGCUAGUUGCGGCUGGGAUGGGAAAGUAACUUUAUGGGGUGCUAAUACAUUCUCAUUAUAG